UCGUUCACCCGCUGUGGGUAGGAAAGACAAAUCACUGUCUACGACCCACGCAAUAUAGGCCCCACCAGCUGUUAUUUGAGAGAUACGUGCUUGUGUUGAACAGAGGAAGCCAACAAUGACCAGAAAAUAUAUUCUCUUACUUUCACUGUUGCUUGCGUAUCUGGUAGUCGUCACCUCCGCCAAAAGAAAAGUUUACGACGACGACAACGAUGACGAUGAUUACGAAGAUGAAAACAGCUACAACAGGAAAAAACACAGGAACAAAUACGACCAUAGAAACAACAACAAAAACGAAGACGAGGACGAUGAUAACGGUGACUAUAAAGGUCGAAACAGCUACAAGAGCAAGAAACACAGGAACAAAUACGAUGAUGGAAACAACCACAAAAACGAAGACAGGGACGAUGCUGACGGUGAAUACAAAGAUCGAAACAGCUACAAGGGGAAGAAAUACAGGAACAAAUACGAUGAGCGAAACAACCACAAAUACGAAGACAGGGAGGAUGAUGACGACAACAAAAAAUAUAAUAACUGCCCUGUGCCUUUAUGUAAUAGAAACAAGAAACCUUGUUGCAUGAAGACUUCCAGGAAUUGUUACUGCAAAUGUGUGUGGUCCGGUUUAUUGUGUCAGUCCGUUUGGCCAAGAGUCUGCCGGCUGCCAAUGAUUGCAACAUGCAAGAGAAAAGACGCAUACGAUAUGUGCCAUUGCGGUGCUGCAAAGGUUCAAUUCCAGAGACAAAUCCCGAGGACUUCCAGCGUCUAUUCUCAAUGUUCAAAGGCGUUGUCCCGAGCCUACCUGGGAUUCCGCUAAAUAUUCUCGGCUAAGAAGGUUUAUUGAGUAAAUUUGCGUCCCUUCGUGGUUCCUUAUAUGCAGUGUUUUGCAGUGAUUCACAAAUAUUUUGCAUAGCGAGGAAUUGCCCCGUCAAAUGCAUGAAUAAACCCUUGUGUUUCAACCUAACCGUUGAAAACACCUUCAAUGUUGAACC